GAGUACAUUGGGCCCUUGUAUAGGUCACGUAAGUCGCGCGGAAUGGGUGUGUCAAUAAGCGUCACGGAAGCUCCGGCGGCUGUGGGAAACGAAUAAAUCCCAGCCCACUAUCAUAAUGGGCAAGAGUUUAAGUGUGGAAUUCAAGCGUGGUCCCUCUGCAUCAAGAGUUUAUAUACUGUGGACAAAGCUCAAGUUGAUUGUAGUCCACGUGAAACCGGCGUUUGAGGAGUUUGAUGUUGUGAGGUGAAUUGUUUCUCUGGAGUAGUCUGUUGGAUCUGCAGGGUUUGCAUUUAUAGGUGUUCACCUCCAAGCAAGGGCCCUCAAGCAAGACCAAGAGAAUGUUCGAUAUCGGCCUGUUAUUUGUGAUGAUAUUUGGACUGUCAGGGCGAGUUCUGGCUAAAGACACAGACACAAAAGGAAGGUUCAGUUCUCCAGUGUUGGAUGUUACACAGAAGCAGCUUAUUAUAGAGAGAAAUCAGACACUUCAGCUAAGAUGCAGGGGACGGUGGGAGCUCCAGUGGGUUAUGCCAUCUGGCGUUCCAAAAGUCUACCAUGGCACCCAAAUAGAGGAGUCUCAUUGUGGGAAGAAAAAUAACCAGUACUGUAGCCGCCUGACCCUCAGUCCUGCUUUAGCCCAACACACCGGCUCUUACCGCUGCAGGUAUCGCCAAAAGCAGCGCAAACAAGCCUCUGUGUACGUCUACAUCACAGAUAGUCAGCGGCCAUUUGUGAAGGUGCAGUCUGAGAUCCCAGAUGUGGUGUACAUGAAGGAGGGAGAGCCCUUGAUCUUCCCCUGCAGGGUCACAAACCCAGAUGCCAAAGUCUCAUUGGUCAAGUUUCCUGUCCACCGGUUAGCUCCUGAUCACAGAAACAUAAUCUGGAACAGCAGGCAAGGUUUCAUCAUCCGUAGUCCCACAUUCUUCUACAUUGGACUUUUCUCCUGUGAGACUAUCAUUAAUGGAGUCAAAUACACCAACAAGUUCUUGACUCACAGGCCAGUGAAUAAGAUCCUGAGUGUGUAUUUAAACAGCACCGGUUUGGUCCAUACAUUACAGGGGGAGAUGUUAGCACUGAAUUGCACUGUUACAGCCGAAUGGAACUCCAGAGUGUCCAUUAGCUGGAUUUACCCAGGAAAGGUUAAUGGCUCUGCCACUAUCAGCAGACGCAUAUCAAGGAGCAGAACCAACAUGCUGUUUUACAGUGUUCUCACCAUUCCCAGACUAAGCAAAGCAGACAGAGGACUCUACAAAUGUCAUGUGACAAGUGGUCCAUCGAAGCGAGAGACUAAUACCACAGUUAUUGUUUAUGAUCAACCUUUCAUUCGACUUAAGCACAGAGAUGGUCCUGUGGUUCAGGCUUUUGCAGGACAAAAAUCUUUCCGCCUUACUCCAAAACUAAGGGCUUUUCCUGCACCUGAAAUCAUCUGGUUGAAGGAUGGGAUGGUGGCAGCCGAGCGUUGUUCUCGUUACCAUGUGGACAUGUUUUCUCUGGUCAUUCGGGAUGUUGCUGAAGAAGAUGCAGGAAUCUACACCAUCCUAACUGGAAUCCAGCAGUAUGGACUUUUCCAGAAUCUCACAAUCAUGUUGGUGGUAAAUGUGAAGCCACAGAUUGGAGAGAAGACAUUGUCCUCACAGCAGCCCGGGACUGUCCAGCGAGGCAGCAGACAAGCCCUGCACUGCACCCCUUAUGGUGUUCCACCACCUCAAAUCCAAUGGCUCUGGCAUCCAUGCCCUCCUAAAGGCCUAUGCGAGAAACCUCCUCCUUCCUCCUGGACUGCAGUCAGCGAGAGGACAGAAGUCACAUCCACCCACAAUCCCAUCCUGACCAUCAGCUACAGACAAGAAGUGAUACAAGGGAAGAAUAAGACUGUAGGGGUUCUGACAGUUGCUGAAGCAGUGAUAUCCGGAAUCUAUCGCUGUGUUGCAUCCAACCUCAUGGGCAGAGAUGAACUAGACAUUCUUUUCUAUGUCACAGAUGUCGAAGGCGACUUCAUCGCAUCUUUAGAGGAAGAGCCCAGAGAGGGUGGGGAACUUCACCUGGUCUGUACGGCCAAUAAGCACCUCUAUUCAGAUAUGUCAUGGUAUAGAAUAACGAAUCACUCCACAGCAUCAGAGGGAAGUUCAGUUCUUGAAGGGGAGCUUACAGAGGGGGAGUUCUCCCUCACUCUGCACCUUCUGCUAAAGAAUGUGUCCGCAGAGGAUUCAGGAACAUACCGCUGCGCCGGCAAACACUUGCUUACAGGAGAACAUGGACACCUAGAUACACCAGUGGAGGUCACAGUUCUGCAGGCUCCAGUGCUGCUAAAAAAUCUGAGUGAUCACAGUGUUAACAUUAGCAACUCAGUCACUCUCCAUUGCCCCGCUCAGGGAAUUCCACAUCCUGAUAUCACAUGGUAUAAAGACCAAAAGAAGCUCCACCAGGUAUCAGGAAUUAUGCUGUUACCAAAGGAAGGUACUCUUCAUAUUGACAGAAUUACAGCCGAAGAUGAGGGACUUUAUACCUGUGAGGCCACUAAUGAGAGGGGAUCUGUGGAAAGCUCCGCCCACAUUUGGGUUCACAGUUCAUCUGAAUCCCUUUCUAUGGAGAUCUCAACUCUGGCAUCUACAUGUGUGGUGGCCACUCUCUUCUGGCUGCUUCUCACACUGCUGAUUCGUAAACUUAAACAGCCAAAUGUUAAUGGCAGAGCAGAGUACCUGCCAAUCAUCCUGCACCCAGGGGAGGAGCCUCUGGAUGAGCACUGCGAUAGGUUACAUUAUGACCCUGCCCAAUGGGAGUUUCCACGUGACCGCCUUAAAUUGGAAAAGCCCCUGGGGCGAGGGGCAUUUGGGCGAGUAAUGCAGGCAUCAGCUUUUGGCAUUCGCAAUUCAGCCAGCUGCACCACAGUGGCAGUCAAAAUGCUUAAAGAUUGCGCUACACCUAGUGAACAUAAGGCUCUGAUGAUGGAACUCAAGAUCCUCAAUCAUAUUGGUCAUCACCUUAAUGUGGUCAAUCUUCUUGGUGCAUGCACCAAACCAGGAGGGCCUCUGAUGGUCAUAGUGGAAUACUGCAAGUUCGGCAACCUGUCUGCAUACCUUAAGAGCAAACGAGAGGUGUUCCUUUUAAACAGGAUGAACAGAGAAGAGAAGGGAAGAAUGAAGGAGGGAUGUAAGGGACGACUGGCCAGCGUGUCCAGCAGCCAGAGCAAUGCCAGUUCAGGGUUUUGUGAGGAGAGAGGAGAGAGCUCAGAUGAGGACAGUGGUUCUUUUCCAGAAUUCAACAGUCCGUUGUUGCUUGAAGACCUGAUUUCUUACAGCUUUCAGGUGGCCAAAGGUAUGGAUUUUCUCGUCUCACGCAAGUGCAUUCAUCGUGAUCUUGCUGCCAGAAACAUCUUGCUGACCAAUAAUAAUGUGGUUAAGAUCUGUGAUUUUGGCCUGGCCCGAGAUGUCUACAAAGACCCUGACUAUGUGCGGAAGGGAGAUGCACGGUUACCGCUGAAGUGGAUGGCCCCUGAAUCAAUCUUUGAUAAAGUUUUCACCACUCAGAGUGACGUGUGGUCAUAUGGAGUUCUCCUCUGGGAGAUCUUCUCACUUGGAGCAUCUCCAUACCCAGGGCUGAACAUUGAUGAGGAGUUUUGCCACAGACUAAAACAGGGAACACGAAUGUGUCCUCCUGAGUACAGCACUGCCGAGAUUUACAGCAUCAUGAGGGCAUGCUGGGAGAAUAACCCUGAGGACAGACCUUCUUUCACUACUUUAGUGGAGAUACUGGGAGACCUUUUGCUGACUUGUGUCCAACAGGAUGGGAAGGAUUAUAUUCCACUAAACACGUUUCUUUCUGGAGAAAACAACGUCUCAGAGCAUCUUGACCAGAAAGACACCAGCCAAAAAACCCUGGGGACUCCAAGCUACAUCGAAUCUGGGAAAAUUAAAGUCAUGAACACUUUUGAGGAGGAUCUUCACAAAGAAAUCCCUGAUAACAACCAGUCUGACAGUGGAAUGGUUCUCCCCUCUGAAGAGUUCAUUCAGGUGAAAUGGACAGACAGGUUCAAAACCAAAAACAUCACUAAGUUCUUCUCCAAAGGUCAUAACCAGUGCGGGACGCUGCCUGCAAAAAUGCUGCCUUGUAUGAAUAGCGCCCCCUGCUGUCAUCAAAGGGAUGUUCCUAAUGCUUUUCCUUAUGUUUGUUACUCAGAGAAGUGCUGCUGUCACCCACCAGACUAUGAAGCUGCUCUCCUUUACCCAUGUUUCUAGCACACUUACAUCAGCUAGCCUGACAGUAAACACCAUCUAACAUCCAUUACCAUUUAAAAAAUUUUCAAAGACAGUUUCGCUUUUGGUUCUUUGUUUUGCUAGAAUUUUUGAAUGCAUUCUUUUAUUCUUCAUUCUCUCUCUGACUCAUGUGAACCUUAGUCUGCUUUAAAAAAAAAAAAAAAAAAAAAAAAAAUUCUCGACACUUCCAACUACUGAUCAGCAUUUAAUCUCAAAUUGUUUUAAAGGAAUUUUCCGGUUAAGCUCAAUAGACGGCAUUCCUGGCAUAAUGUUGAUUACCACAAAAAGUAAUUUAGACUCGUCCGUCCUUUUCUUUAAAAAAAAAAAAAAAAAAGUUACAGUGAAGCACUUACAAUUGAAGUCAAUGGGGCCAAUUUUUGGAGGGUUUAAAGGCAGAAAUGUGAAGCUAAAAGCACUUUCAUUAAUUCUUCUGAGCUGUAAAGUUGUUUAAAUCGUAAUUUUUACAGUGGUUUUAGGGUUUGUUGAUAUUACAUUGUCAUAACAUUGGCUUUAACUUUACACAGAAAAGGUUAGUAAGCCUUUUUAAUCGCACUAGAAUCAUGCGCAUGUUGUUUACGUAUUGUGGCUAUGCUUUUGAAACAGUAUUUUAAUGAUUGGCCCCAUUAACUUCCAUUGUAAGUGCAUCACAGGAAUCCAUCGUUUUUUUGGAGGGUUUUUUCAAGAAAAGUAGGGGCAAGUCAAAAUACAUUUUUGUGGUAAUCAAUGUUAUGCCACAAAUUUUGUUGAUUGAGCUUAACUUGUAUUGAACCCGAAAUACUCCUUUAAAUUCCUGUAUUUAAAUAUCUAAAUGCUCUCUCUGAAACCACUAUUAAUCUAUACUAUACAUCUUAAAUUUUGUGUUUUUUGUUUAAUAAUCACAGAGCAGCUAAUUAUUUAUUCAUGAACUAAUGAAAUGUUUAUUAGUCACUGCUUGUCCCAAAUGUUUAACUGUAGAGCAUCACUGUUUUUGUGUUGCAAAAGCCAUAUGCUGGAAAAGUUCACCAUAAACUAUUUAUUUACAUUUAUUAUAGUAUCCUCUGAACAUUCUACUGUAUCUAUGGUGUAUUUAAAUGCUGAAUAAAUGAAGAUCCUUGGUUUUGUAUAGUCUUAGAUUUAGAGGCAAAUCUAAAAUUACAAUAGCUUGUUUUCCCUGAUCCUUUGGACAUUGACAAUGCUAAUAAAUGAGGCCUGUUUUUUUUGUUUUGAUAAAAUAAAAAUAAUUAACGAGAACAACACAGUGGGAGGCCAACAUGCCUAAAAAUGUUUUUCAAUGCUUCCUGUAAUGCUGUACAACUCUACUGCGUGCAAAGUAUAGCAGCAUUCUUGUAGAAGAAAAGUUUGAGUAAGUUGUUUGGCAAUAUGUGUGGUCAGAUAUUUAUCCUGGAACACUGGAACAUCUUAAAAGGGGAUUGUUAACUCGAAAAUGAUAAUUUACUCACCCCUUCAUGCCAUCUCAAACUCAAAUGGCUUUCUUCUGCAUAACACAAAGAUAUUUUGAAAAAUGCAUGUGAGGCUUUAGUCCAUAUAAUCAAGUUAAUGAGGUCCAAAUCUUUCAAGCUCCAAAAAGGACAUGAAGGCAGCAUAAAAGUAAUCCAUAGACUUCAACGGUUUAAUCCAUGUCCUCUGAAGUGAUAUGAUAGCUUUGGAUGAGAAACAAAGCAAAAAAAAAAAAUCAGUCCUUAUUUACCAAAAAGCCUCACUUCUGUCCAGCUCUACUACACACAUUCAUGAGACACUCGUUCACCCGACCUUACUCGACGCAUGCAUGCUCGCAUGUUCAUGUAAAAACUUCCGGUUGUAUCGCACACGUGUAAGUUCUUUUGCGAACAUGCAAGCACGUAUGCAAGAACGUGUUUCUCGUGAAAGUACAAGUUUUAGAUGACAUCAGGGUGAGUAAAUGAUGCAAAUUAUAACUUUUAGGGAAAAUACAUUGGCUGUUUUGUGCAGAGAUCAUGUUACCUAAUGACUUCCACAAAAUAGCUGCCCAUACAUACAGUAUUGUACUGAAUUGCCCUACCAUGAAUUCUUUGACAUUAAAAACACUUUGUUACAACUGGGUCACAUUGCUGCUUUGUACAGUUUUAAUAUUACUUAUUUGUGGAGGACAUCUUAGAAAGUAUACAUGUCAGUGAUCUUUGUUUUUGUUGCUGCAGUUUGUCAUAUGCUGUU